AUGACUCUCGGUCCAUCGGGAGCCGGAAAGACAUGCUGUAUUGCCGUGCUGAUGCGAGCGAUGGGAGAGUGCGGUCGACCGCAUCGAGAGAUGCGCAUGAAUCCCAAGUCAAUAACGGCACCUGAAAUGUUUGGUCGCCUUGACGUGGCCACCAAUGACUGGACGGACGGUAUCUUUUCAACACUCUGGCGACGGACGCUUAAGACGAAAAAGGGUGAGCACAUUUGGUUGGUGCUGGACGGACCAGUGGACGCGAUUUGGAUUGAGAAUCUGAAUAGUGUCCUAGACGACAACAAGACGCUGACACUGGCCAACGGUGAUCGGAUCCAAAUGGCGCCCAACUGCAAGAUCAUAUUUGAGGUGCACAACAUUGACAAUGCCUCACCAGCCACAGUGUCUCGUAACGGUAUGGUCUUUAUGUCCAGCUCCGUGCUCAAUUGGUCGCCAAUCAGUCAGGUCAGUUGUUUGUCAUUUUUGGUUCAUGAUCACCUUUUUGGGAUCAUGCCGUGUAUGACGAAAAAUCUCUUCUUUACACUUAAAGGCUUGGCUAUUAAAACGUAA